UGGAACCGGCUGGAAAGCGCUCACGCGCCGCCGCGACCGUGCGCGCGCGGUGACCGUGUGUGGAAAAUGGCGCGUGCCACGCCAUUUCUACCUCAUCUGCGUCAUCCUCACAUACUGAUUGUGCCAGUGCUCUGUGUGUUAUCCCCGGUCGCCGCUGGACUUGCAGACAAUGCGGACGGCUCUGUGAACCGCUUCGGGCAGUGGCGGGCGGCCACCCCGCCGCCGCCGACGCCCGCCACGCCUCCGCCCAGCGUGUUCCGCAACGGCGGACGCCGCCAGUGCCCGCCGCGCGCCAGCGACGCCUCCACCAACGUCGGCUACGACCGCUUCGACCCGAACCGAUGCGUCGACGCCGACGUGGGCAUUCGCGCCGGCUGGCGGCCGGACCUGCAGGGCGAACGUCGGCCGGGCGUGGGACCGGAGCUGCCUCUGGUUACCAUCCGCACCCAGCUGGGAGAGCUCACCGGGUUUCGCGUGUCGCUGUACGACCAGCCCGGUCUGUUACCAGACGAGUGGCCGGCCAGCCUGCCAUCCGGCGUCCACAGGGAGAGAGGCAAUGUGACCGUGUUCCUCGGGGUGCCGUACGCUCAACCGCCAGUGGAGGACGGUAGACUCAAGCCGCCGCGGGCGCACCCCGGCUGGCAGCGGUUGCAGGCGCUGGAUUUCGGCCCAGCGUGCCCCCAGCCGGCCAAGUACGUCGGCCCAGGACGCGGGGUCCGGGAGGUGGAUGAGGAUUGCCUCUAUCUGAACGUGUACACGCCACAG